GGGGGGCGUCGCGUCGGCCUCGUGACUCGGAUCAGAUUCCAGACCCGCAGAAAAGGGCGGCCAACACAGGCAGCGGCACACAGCACAGCAGGAGACACAGAGGCGAGAUCCCGUGGAGGCUCAGCGGCCGCCUGUCUGAACCGGCAACGUACCUCUUCCCUCCCCCCUCCCCGUUCCCCGCUCCACUCCGACGAUCUACCCGUCGAGUCUCCUCACCGCGCCACCCGCGGCAGCGCCGGAGGAGGAGGAUGGGGCGGCCGCCGAGCAGCGGGGGCCCAGCGUUCCGGUUCACGCACGCGGAGGUGGCGGAGAUGGAGGAGCACCUGCGUCACCUCAACAACGCCAUCCCGCAGCGCAGCGUCAUCCAGGGCCUCGCCGAGAAGUUCACCGCCUCCGCCUCCCGCACCGGCAAGAUCCCCGUCCAGUACAAGCAGGUGUGGAACUGGUUCCAGAACCGGAGGUACUCGCAGCGGGCCAGGACCCCCAGGGGCGCGCCGCCGCCGCAGGGGAAGAUGCUGCCCACGGGGGCCGAGGAGCACCACCCGGCCUCCUUCAGGGCUCAGGGGUCAUCCUCUUCCUACCCCGGAUCCCACUCAGGAAAGAGUGCUUCGGAUGGUGGCAUGGCCGAGUUUGAAGCAAAGUCAGCUAGAGAUGGCGCGUGGUAUGAUGUUGCUGCCUUUCUGUCCCACAGGCUCUUUGAAACGGGGGACCCGGAAGUAAAAGUUCGAUUUUCUGGAUUUGGACCUGAGGAGGAUGAAUGGAUUAAUGUUCGUAAAUGUGUGAGGCUGCGUUCUCUUCCAUGUGAAUCUGCAGAAUGUGUUGCUGUGCUUCCUGGGGAUCUCAUUCUUUGUUUUCAGGAAGGCAAAGAGCAGGCCCUCUAUUUUGAUGCUCGUGUUCUUGAUGCUCAAAGGCGCAGACAUGAUGUAAGAGGGUGCCGCUGCAGGUUUCUUGUUCGUUAUGAUCAUGAUCACUCUGAGGAGAUUGUUCCUCUGAGGAAGGUAUGCCGUCGACCAGAAACUGAUUUCAGGCUCCAGAUCUUGCACGCCUCUAGAGCGGCGGCGGCUGCAGAUGCUCAGAAUGUUAGCCCACCUGAGCAGAAACCCCAAAAGCCACACAAGAUGAUGGACGUGAACACUGCCGAGGUGACCGUGGUUCCCAACCCAGAUCAAGGAGGGCCAUCUGACAAGCCGGCUGCUCCCUUACCAGCUGCGCCUACUAGCAUCCGCAGUGAUUCAGUUUCAGAUGUGCAGAUGGGGAAUGUAGAGAUUAUUCCAAAAGUUGAAGCUGCAAAUGAAGCACAGGACGACAAGAUGAGCGUGUGAGCGUAGUUGUUUCGCUUCCCUGUGCAUUUCGUUGUGAAUCCUAUAGGUCCAAAAAAUGUUUUGCUUAGGAACAUCCAAUCGAGGAAGGAUGAUCGCCCGGUAACUGUAAUGUGCCGAUGUUGACUUGUUUGUUGGUGUGUUGUACAAAGCGUUGGAUUGUCGGUAUCUAUUAGCUAUAUCGCGAGACAAA